GGGGGCCGGUCGCAGCCCGUGAACACGGUUGCAAGUGGCCGUGCGCAUCCGUCAACGGCGGACACGCAGACGAUAUUCGCGUGGCACGUAAGGAGGUGUCCACUGUUGCGACUUGAAUGGCAACAGGCGAUGCACGCCACUGGCUUUGAAGAAGGGUGUUAUUGUGGAGACUGCAGAUUUGGCGACAUGACGGGGCAAUCACUCGGUGUUAUUGUCGGCCUACUUUUGGGAGGAGUGUGGGUUGGAAGAUGCGAAGGGGGCACUGUGGCACAACCAUGCACCGCACAGAGCUUUGGCCAGAGCUCGGUGGUUUGCCGCUGCGACUCGAGAAGCUGCGACUCGCCCGAGCCACUGGGGCCGCUGGGACGUGCACAGGUGGCUCUGUACCAGACUGACCGCAACGGAAAGCGGCUCGUGCGAAGCAACUUGGUCUUCCAAGCUCAGCAGACGCAACCUGACCUGACAGUGAAAUUAGACCCUACCAGAAAGCACCAAAAGGUGAAAGGUUUUGGAGGUGCGCUGACUGAUGCAGCAGCCAUCAACAUCUUGAGUCUUCCACCGCCUGCUCAAGAGAUGCUUCUGCGUGCCUACUUUACUGAAGACGGAGCCGAAUACAACAUCGUUCGACUGCCGAUGGCAGGAUGCGACUUCUCCACUCGGCCCUACACUUAUGCCGACACUCCCGAUGAUUUUGACCUCAAGAAAUUCAGCCUCGCCAAAGAGGACAUUAAGUACAAGAUCCCACUGCUGAAGCAGGCACUUAGUAUGUCUCAGCGCCCAGUGUCACUGUUUGCCAGUCCCUGGACAUCGCCUGCUUGGAUGAAAACCAACGGUGCCCUUACAGGCAAAGGAACCAUCAAGGGACAGCCUGGAGGUGUUUACUACAAGGCAUGGGCCAACUACUUUGUGAAGUUCCUGGAUGAGUAUGCCAAGCACAACUUGACGUUUUGGGCAUUGACGGCACAGAAUGAGCCCACCGACGGCGAAUUCACCAAUUUCACCUUCCAGUGCCUCGGCUUCACGCCCGAACAACAACGGGACUUUAUCGCCAUGGAUCUGGGGCCUGCACUGCACGGGAGUCGCCACCACAGCGUACAGCUCAUGAUUCUGGACGAUGAACGCAUACAGCUUCCGCUUUGGGCACGAGUGGUGCUGGGAGAUCCAAAGGCUGCAAAGUACGUGAGUGGCAUUGCAGUGCAUUGGUACCUUGACCUCAUCAUACCAGCCGAACCCACUCUCAGCCGGACGCACAACCUAUUCCCGGAGCACUUUCUCUUCGCAACUGAGGCAUGCGCUGGCUCCAACCCCUGGGAGAAGGCAGUACUACUUGGCAGCUGGGAGAGAGGCGAUGAAUACAGUCACGACAUCAUACAGGAUCUAAACCACUGGGUGGUGGGAUGGACAGACUGGAACCUAGCACUAGACCUCCAAGGAGGUCCUAACUGGGUGCAGAACUUUGUGGACAGUCCCAUCAUAGUGGACAGAAGCAAGGGUGUCUUCUACAAGCAGCCCCUAUUCUACCACAUGGCCCAUUUCAGCAAGUUCAUACCGGAGGGCUCUCAGAGAAUUGCUCUGGAAACUAGUGGCAGCACAAAGCUGGAAAUGGUUGCGUUUAUUCGACCAGACGGCUUGGGGGUAAUGGUCGUACUAAACAGGACACCUGAAGCUGUCACCUUUACCUUGUCAGAUCCAGACAUUGGAUUUGUACUUUGCACGAGUCCCGAACACUCAAUUCAGACCUACAUCUGGGGCCGAUGAGAGGAUGGUGUUGAACAUCACGAGUUGCAUCAUCAUGUGAUCUCCUUGGUUCAGAAAACCUCAUCACCUGUCGUAAACUAUGUAUAAUUGUUACGAGUGCCUGACUGAUUUCACUAUUUUUUGGUACAAAAUGCCCAACUUGUGUUAUGAUCAUGUUCACGUUGAUUUUUUUUAACAAAGUUCUACUUGAUUUGAAGCUUUCGUGACUGCAGGAAUCCACUCUUUGGUUCUUACGGUAAAGUCACGUGACUUGCACAGUGGAUGUGGAAAACUUGGGUUUGUUGCCACCUUAUAAUUGUCAAAACAAUAAAUGAAAUUUUUUUCUCAA